AUGGCGUCAAGGUCAAAUAAGGGAAAACUACAAAUUAGCACGCCUCCCCGUGCCACGCGUGCACCUAUGCGAGCAGAGGCGAGCGCACGUGGAGCAGGCGUUUGGAGAGACAUGUCCAGUGUGUCUCUGCGCGCUGUCCCCGCGUGGCAUCUGUGUUACAGUAAUGACAGUGAGGUGUGCACGCGUCAGACCCACAGAGGCCCAGUGAAGCCGGGGAUGAACAAGGACUCCGGGUUUGUGUAUGAACCCGCGCAGCUUCGGUCUGAGAGCCGUGUCCAGAGCCGUGUCCAGAGCCGUGUCCAGAGCCGAGUCCAGAUUGAGAGUCCACUGGAUUUAUCCCCGGGUUACGUAAAGACGUGCCAGCGUGAGCUCGAGGCUGUAGUGUUGCAUCCUGCCGUGCCCCGCCUCGCCCCGUGCCUUCCCCCGUGUCUCCCCCCGGGCCCCCCGGGCCCCUCGUCCCUCCCGGGCUUGAGACUAGACCGGAUCCGCGCCGCCAAAGCGCUGGUGGAGAGGGCUGUGAAGCUCCAUAAGAUCUUCUCGGUGCAGGGCCCAUACCCCGUGAUCCGGGAGGCCCUGAGGUCCCGGGGCUGGGUUGAGAAACGACUGCCCCGCCCCCUCCACAAAUCCACUCAGAGCCAGGGGCCCGGAGAAGACGAGGGUGAAGAGGGAGAGAACGGAGCUGAUGGAGCUGACGCGGCAGAGGAAGACGAGAAAGAGGAGCUUCGUGAUGACAUGGAUGACCUCAUGGCCCGAAUGGUGCGAAAUGAAACCACGUACUUCUACUGGACCACACGCAGAGACGCCAUCGACUGCCACGCUCUACGUAAAGAUCAGAUGAUCAACCACUACGAGAAUGCAGCCACUUUUACCACUAAGGUGGGUCUGUGCGUGAACCUCAGGAACCUGCAGUGGUUUGACUCGGCCGACCCCGAUACCUUCUUCCCUAGAUGUUACGUCCUGGGAGCCGAGGACGAGAAGCACGCCUUCAUAGUGGACUUCAGGAGGACGGCUUGCACCAGUCUGCUGCAGCAUGUGGUGGAGACUCACAACACAGAGACUCCUCAAACAGAACGAGAACACGCUCAAACUGACCCUCUGCAGGUCAAGAACAGUGAGGGAGCGUGCAGGAUUGGGCCCAGCAUAAUAGAGACAGCGCUGCGGGUGUGCCAAGAAUUCCUGAUCGAUUUGGAUCAUGGAAACAUCGACCGGAACACAGAGACUUCACAGUGCGCUGAGGAGCAGCAGUGGGUGGAGUUUCUUCGGGAAUACUACCUGGUCGUGCAUGAUGGAGCAGAGAUCAGAAACAGCGCCCUCUUCCUGCAGCCAUGUGCACAGAUGCUCCAGAAGCUCCGACACGUUUGUCCCCAACUCGACACCGAUGGAGUCAACAACAUCUGGAUCAUCAAACCAGGGGCCAAGUCCAGGGGCCGAGGCAUCAUCUGUCUGAACCGUCUGGACGACAUCAUGGCUCUGGUGGAUAGGGACAGGGCGGUGCUCAGGGACAGUCGCUGGGUGGUGCAGAAGUAUCUGGAGCGCCCCCUGCUGGUGCACCACACAAAGUUCGACGUGCGUCAGUGGUUCCUGGUGACGGACUGGAACCCUCUGACUGUGUGGUUCUAUGGAGAGUGUUAUCUGCGCUUCUCCACCCAGCCCUACUCCACCAAGAACCUGCACAGCUCCGUUCACUUAUGCAACAACUCAAUCCAGAAGCACUUCCAGCCGUCCAAAGACAGACACCCAGACCUGCCCGAGGACAACAUGUGGUCCUGCACCCAGUUCCGGAGCUUCCUCUCUGGGCAGGGCCGUGAGGAACAGUGGGAGAGCGUGGUGGUCCCAGGGAUGAGGCAGGCGGUGGUCCGAGCUCUGCAGACCGCUCAGGACUCGGUGGUCCAUCGCAGGGCCAGUUUCGAGCUGUAUGGAGCAGACUUCAUGCUGGGACGGGACCUGAGGCCGUGGCUGUUGGAGAUAAACGCCAGCCCCACCAUGUGCUGCUCCACCGGGGUGACCUCCCGCCUCUGCCCCGCGGUGCAGACAGACACGCUCAGGGUGGUGCUGGACCGAAGAAACAACGCCCACGCCAACACAGGGGGGUUUCAACUCAUCUACAAACAGCCUGCGGUGGACGUCCCUCAGUACAUGGGCGUAAACCUGCUCAUCGAAGGAGCUUCGAUCAGACGACACAGGCCCCAGCUAAAGCCCCCUGCACCCGCUCCCUCUGCUCCUGCCCCCUUUGCCCAUGUCCGGUCCUGUCCAGAGGAGAGGGACAUUUCCCAGAAGCCCUUGGUGCAGAAGUCCCACACUCUGGCGGUCAUGGUCCAGUCAAACAAGGAGAACCGCACAGAAAAGAGGAGGCAGGCCCAGACCUCGGCCAAGAGUGCAGCCUCCAAGCUCCCAUCCUCUGCCCACAGGCCUCACCUCCAGCUCCUCCCUCCAGAGCUGCCCCUCGUCGCUCACACCGAACCCCAGAGGAAGGCUCGUCGUCUGGGCCACGGCUCCCCCACGGCCACCCUGGUCCCUCAGAGUUUGUCCUUCUCCUUCAACCCGUCCAGAGCCCCCCGAACCAGGACGACCCCCAACCCGAGCACCUGCCACCGCUUCACCCUGCCCCCCGCAGCUCUGGACCGCCGCGCCUGUCUGACCCUGCCCUCCAUCGAGGUUUUCAGCCUGAGAACGAACAUCACGGCAGGGAGAAUGUUCAGCUGUAAGCCCAGUUUUCACUCCGUUCACUCCAGCGCCCACAGAAAGCAGCUAUUUUCACUUCCUUAUGAACAAAGUGUUGCCAUUAAUAAACAAAAUGAACAUAAAGUGUGA